GUCUGUCAGCUCCACUAUCGGGGCAAACCCGGGCUGUCAGGAACAUUGUGUCUGUUACCAGUUGCCCCGAAAAAGGCUGGAUGGACGGUUCGUGCCUGCUUAACAUUAUGGAUUAACAGUUCGUGCCUCCUUAACGCUUCCUUUCCUACCUUCAGAACAGACUCUGCCGAUAGAGGCGAGAUGCGCUACUGCAGCACGCGUGGAGGGGUCCACGGCUGGGGGUUUCGAGAUGUGCUCUUCUCAGGCUAUGCCCCAGAUGGGGGCAUGUUCAUGCCUGAGACGAUUCCCAUCGUGUCCCCUGCCACUCUCCGCUCCUGGAGCUCUUUAUCCUACCAGCAGCUGGUGACUGAAGUGUGUUCUCUCUUCAUCCCUGAGGAUCUGAUCCCUAAACAUGAUUUGGAAGCUCUCAUUUCAAGUGCCCUUUCCAAGUUCUCAGUUCCAGAUGCCGUGAGGAUGGUCAGGCUAAAGAACUCUUUGUCUGUCCUGGAGCUGUUCCAUGGAGAGACACUGGCUUUUAAAGAUCUGAGCAUGAUGUGCACUGCCCACUUUCUGGAGUAUUUUCUGCACAAGGAGGACAGGCGUGCUACCAUUCUUGUGGGAACGUCCGGGGACACAGGAAGCUCAGCCAUCAGCAGCACGUCAGGCCUGAGCAGAGUGGACGUGGUGGUGGUCUUCCCUCGUGGACGCAUCACCAUGGUGCAGGAGAGACAGAUGACCACCCACCUGGAGGACAAUGUCCAUGUGUUUGCAGCGGAUGGAAGUUCAGACGAUAUCGAUGUGGUCAUGAGAAAGCUGUUUGCGGAUCAGGAGCUGGUGAAGUGCCAUGGACUGAUGAGCCUGAACUCGGUGAACUGGUCACGGAUUCUGGUGCAACUGGUCACCUUCCUGUAUGCCUACAUGCAGCUGAGUGGAGUGCAGGAGACUGAAGGAGAUGAACUAGCGGAGCUGGAGGUGGUGGUGCCCACAGGCGGGGCUGGCAGUAUAACAGCUGGAUGCAUUGUGAAACAGAUGGGGGUUCCUCUGCGAGUUGUCGCCAUGGUGAAUUGUAAUGACAUAAUGCACCGCACAGUUCAGAGCGGAGACUUCUCCAUGGCAGACAGCGUCAAGCAAACUUUGGCUCCAGCCAUUGACAUCCAGGAUCCUUAUAACAUGGAGCGUAUAUUCUGGAUGUUAUCGGGGAAAGAUGGAGCACUGGUGAAGAAGAUGAUGGAGCAAUUUCAGAUGAUCCACAGACUUUCUCUCCCUGAGAGACUCCACAAAGAGAUAUCCUCAGCACUGUCUUCAGGCUCUGUAUCUGAUGAGGGUAUAAUUGAGAUCAUGGUGAAAUGCUGGGAGGAGAAUCAGUAUCUUGUGUGUCCUCAUACAGCUGUUGGGGUUUGGCAUCACUACCACUGCCCUAUCCGCCCUGGGGAAAAUAGGUGUUGUCUGGCAACGGCCUCCCCAGCCAAGUUUGCGGGAGCGGUUCUGAAGGCUGGCCUGACCCUCGACCUCCCCGAAGCGGUGAGGGCCUUGGAGACGAAGGAGACCCGCUUUAAAGAUCUGGAGCAGGGGGAUAACUGGGAGGCAACUCUGAGAGAGCACAUGGAAGCUGUGCGCUCUGCCAGACAGCGCGGCGAACUCUUCUACUCCUUAGCCAAGGCAAGCUGAGCGUUAAAGUCCCAACACAGCAGGUUUCUACAGCUGCCCUGAAAACCUUUACAAUAUCAUGUGAACAAAUGGAGGAAAUGUGUUGUAAGUGUUAAGUCAGUAACAUUGAGUGACUUGUUGUCUGGUUUUGUUUUAUAUUAUCUUUGAUUAAAGAUAUUGAUUAAAUAUUUUGCAUAAUCAGGUUUCUUUUA